AUGGCUGCCGAGCCCAGCCAGACGGAAAAGUCGCCUGUUGAGGUGGCGACUGUGGGAGACGGCGAGAAUGGUGCUGUCGUCGUUGCGAAUGACUCGGCCAAGAAGCGACAGUCCUUGUCGGACAUCUUCACCAUCAGCGGCUCCAUUGCUUCAAACCAGAUCGCAGCCGGCGCCGCCCUCGUCUCGGAUGGCUACCAGAACAACCUCAUGACCAUGUCCAACGUCCUCUUCAAGAAGGAAUAUCCCGCCCAGUACACCUCGACCGUCAGCACUCGAGUGUCUAAUUCUCUCCUGGUCGGAGCCAUCCUCGGCCAGGUCACGGUAGGCUUGACGUGCGACUAUCUGGGACGCAAGACGGCUAUUGUGGUCACGACGCUCCUCAUCGUCAUUGGCGGCAUACUGGCCACUGCCGCCCAUGGAGUCACAAUCGACGGCAUGUUUUGGAUGCUGACGAUUGCACGAGGCAUUGUGGGAUUCGGUGUUGGCGGCGAGUAUCCGGCUGCAAGCACAUCGUCUUCUGAAGCAGCCAACGAGCACGCUCUGGACAGACGAGGCCCGAUCUUCAUCCUCGUCACGAACUUGCCUCUCUCCUUUGGUGGUCCCCUCGCCGUUUCCAUCUUCCUCAUUGUGCUGUCUGCCGCUGGCCAGGAGCAUCUGUCGACGGUGUGGAGGGUGUGCUUUGGCAUCGGCAUUCUUCUCCCGCUAUCGGUGUUCUACUUCCGCCUCAAGAUGCUCAACUCCAAGCUGUACCGCAAGAGCGCCAUCCGGCACAAUGUGCCAUACGGCCUAGCCCUGAGAUACUACUGGAAGACCCUGAUUGGUACUUGCGGUGCCUGGUUCCUGUACGACUUCGUCACCUUCCCCAACGGCGUCUUCUCCGGCACGAUCCUCUCGUCCGUCGUCGAUGCCAACGACACGCUUCGCAGCACUGCGGAGUGGCAGCUGUUGCUGGGGGCCAUUGCCCUCCCUGGCGUCUUCCUCGGCGCGUUUCUGUGCGACAGGAUCGGCAGACGCAAUGUCAUGAUGAUUGGCUUCUGCGGGUAUCUCGUCUUUGGCCUCAUCAUUGGGUGUGCCUACGACAAGAUCACAAAGAUCACGCCCCUCUUCGUCAUCUUCUAUGGCCUGAUGCAGAGCUCCGGCAACUUUGGUCCGGGAGACAUGCUGGGCCUUUUGUCCUCGGAGAGCUACGCCACCAGCGUCAGAGGCACUUUCUACGGCCUCAGCGCCGCGUUGGGCAAGACGGGAGCUGCCGUGGGCACGCAAGCGUUCACGCCUAUACAAAGCAACCUGGGCAAGCAGUGGACAUUUAUCAUCGCCGCCAUCUGCGGCGUUGUGGGGGUUCUGGUGACAUACUUCUUUGUGCCCAAUGUGACGGGCGAGGAUCUCGCCGUGCAAGACGACAAGUUCAAGGCUUACUUGCUGGAGCACGGAUGGAGCGGGGAGAUGGGUCUCAAGGACGACAAGGAGCCGACUGUGGAGGAGGACGAGGAAGUGGCCUUGCCGGCUGUUGAUGAGAAAAGUGUCCGGGUAUGA